UGUAAUGGCGGCAAUGUAGUCGUAGAGUUUUUACUGUAGUUAUGGAAGACGUACCAGCAGCACAUUUUCCGAACGCCGGACAGCUUCAAUCGGGCCCGAAUGGAAUGGGUUGUGGUGGCAACAGACAAAACGAUGAACAUUUCACGCGUCCGAAAUAUUCGAUCCCCGGAAUUCUUCACUUCAUUCAAUAUGAGUGGGGAAAGUUUGAACUGGAGCGUUCUCACUGGGACGUGGAAAGAGCUGAACUUCAGGCUCGAAUCGCAUUUCUACAAGGAGAGAGGACUGCACAGGAGAACCUAAAAAAUGACCUUAUCAGGCGUAUCAAGAUGUUGGAGUAUGCAUUGAAACAAGAAAGGGGGAAGUAUCACAAGCUGAAGUACGGUACAGACCUGCUGCAGGAGAACACUAUGCCAAGCCUCGACGACCACGAUGAGAGUCUAGAACUGGAACCGUAUCUACCAACGAAUGGCAACAAGCCAUGGAGGCAGGGAAGGCAGCUGCUGCGACAGUACCUGAAGGAGAUUGGCUACACUGACGCCAUCAUAGACGUGCGCUCGUCGCGCGUUCGCUCGCUUCUCGGACUCUCGCCCCCCGAGAGCGAGGCUGGUAGUGGGCGCGAGAGAGAAGUCGCCCCGGUCGCCGCCGCCAAUGGUGAACAGUCGACGAAGAGGGUUAUCGACACACAGGGAGGCCGACGACUGCAGGGAAAGAAGACAUCGGUCGGUGAUGACAGACAGCUCCUGGAGACGGAGGCAGCCGUCCUCGACACCUUCAACUUUCUUAGCUCGGAGAACGGCGACACGGAAGAGGAGGAGGAGGAGGAAGAGGAGGAGGAGGCCGAGGAGGAACGAGAGGAGCGACUCGAUUACAUUGAUUCAGACCUCGAUGAAACAGUGCGAGCGAGCGAUAAGAGAGAUGCCGGUCAGGCUCCCACUACAGCGGGGGAGAGGGGAUGCUGCGUUGCCAAGCGACGAGUGGAGGGUGGACGAGCAGCUCAUCAGCAAGAUGAAGGAGCAAUACAAGAGCGAGCGACAGAGCAAGAAGAAGCUGCAGAGGCCGAAACGCUCGACGCUGCAAGCUAUGCUAGCUAACCUCGGCCCCGACGGAGAGAUCGGCGGCCCGCGGUCCGCCGCCGCCGCCGCUGCGGAUGAUGACGCGAUUGAGACGGACGACAAUGACGCAGUGGUCAAGGGUGGAGGGAUUCCGUAUCCGUCGAGCGCGAGGCGCGGCCUGGUGGCGGUUCUUGGAUCAGAGGACGAGGCAUUUGAGGCGGCGCUGGGUCUCGGAGAGCUAGCGGGUCUCAGCGUUGCAAACGAGGCUGAUGCGCUAAGCUACGACAUUGCGACGCCGCAGGAGGCGUUCCGCAAGACGUGGAACGCCAAGUACACGCUGCGCAGCCACUUUGACGGAGUGAGGGCGCUAGCGUUUCAUCCCGUCGAGCCGGCGCUCGUGACAGCGUCCGAGGAUCACACGUUGAAGCUGUGGAACCUGCAGAAGACCGUGCCAGCUAAGAAAGCUGCUUCGCUCGAUGUAGAACCCAUCUACACAUUCAGAGGUCACGAGGGCACGGUUCUAUCGCUGGCCAUGAGCCCUACGGGGGAACACUGCUACAGCGGGGGCGUCGACGCGACCGUGAGGUGCUGGAGUAUACCCAGCUCCAACAUAGACCCCUAUGACUCCUUCGACCCGGCGGUGCUGACGGAGACGUACAUCGCUCACACGGACGCCGUGUGGGGGCUGGCCCUGCACAGCAUGCGCAUGCAGCUGCUCUCCUGCUCCGCGGACGGCACGGUGAGGCUGUGGCAACCGCAGGGCAAAGACCCGCUGCUACACACCUACACCACGCCCGAAGGUGACAUUCCGACGUCGGUGGACUUUGUUCGCAGCGACCCGUCACAGAUGGUCGCUGCCUACACCUCCUGCAAUGCGGUCAUCUACGACCUGGAGACAGGAAAGCCCGUGAUUGAGCUGGAGAGUCACGCACCGACGGACGCUGCCGGCGCGACAAGCAUCAACAAGGUGGUGAGUCAUCCAACGCUGCCUGUGACGAUCACGGCCCACGAGGACAGGCACAUACGCUUCUACGACAACAACACCGGUAAAAUGGUGCACUCCAUGGUGGCCCAUCUGGAUGCUGUUACAAGCCUGGCCGUGGAUCCUAAUGGCUUAUACCUGCUGUCUGGAAGUCACGACUGCUCGAUCCGGCUGUGGAACCUCGACAGCAAGACAUGCAUCCAGGAGAUCACGUCGCACCGCAAGAAAUUCGACGAGUCGAUCUACGACGUCGCUUUCCACCCGACGAAACCUUACAUAGCCAGCAGCGGCGCCGACGCACUCGCAAAGGUGUUCGUCUAGCGUCGCAGGGACGCGCUUACCGCCCGCCCCGCACGCGCGUGAGCCGACGCCUGCAGUGGGCUGGGGUCGCGUUGGUGUUCAUCUAGCGUCGCGGGGACGCGCUUCCCGCCCGCCCGGCCCACAUGCGCGUAAGCCAACGCCUGCAGCGGGCUGGGGUCACGUUGGUAUUCGUCUAGCGUUGCGGAGUCGACCUUAUCGGGCGACGUGCGCUGGCACUAAGGCAUUCGUCUUUUCCACGAAAAGUGUGUCAUUUCGGCGCGUGCGGGAUAAACGCGAUUGAGAAUCGGGUUGGGGGCUCGUUUGACCUAGCAACGAUAUUUAAAGUGGGUGGGGUGGGGGUGUGUUAUCUUGCUUGGAUGAGUAGGUUAGUUUUGGUCGCUGCGGGUGCAGUGUGUGUGGCAGCGAAACCGAUGCAUGGCCUAGGUGUCUGUGUACGGUAGCUGGUUCUGUUGGUACGGUAAUAGCAUCCGGAGUGUCCUUAGAGACGGUUCUGUGUUGAGCUAGGUAUCAUGUAGGAUCGAGCUCCCAAGCAAGGCAGGGUCAGGUCUUCUAGGUUGGGUGGUGUCCCAUAGGCUGGGUGGUGCCCCCUAGGCUGGGUUGUGUCGCUUGGGGAAAAGCAGAAAAAUAUCCUUUAGCCUAGGUCAGAACCCAGCUCUGCAAAAGCAUAUAACCCACCAGAACAACGACACAUGCUUUCAAUUUGGGAUUUGCGUGAUCCCGGGCGUGGAAAUUUAUUCGCUAAAAAAACAAAGAGAAAAAUGCAAGUCGGUUCACCUGCAGCAGUUCGAUUUUUUGGCGGGCGAACCCAACCGUGACGUAAUGCAUUCGUGGAGGCUUCAUGCUUACGAUAUACCUCAAAGCUGCGAGAAUAGUAUAUCUCCUCCUACAUAUGAUCAGGAGUUAAUAAUGACAAAUUUGUCAUUAUUAACUCCUGAUACGAUAAAGUUCUGUGUGUGUGUGCGUGCGUGCGUGCAUGCGAGCGUGCUAUAUUCCUUCAUUCGUCGUGCGAGCGCGCACGCGUCUGUAUUUUUAAUCGGUAUUCUAGUCUGGUGAGGAAGCGGGAGCAAUAACAGCAGAGAUUGGUAAUGAACUACUUAUUAUAAAAAAGACGACGAUUGUUUUACGAGCAUCUACUUUAGCCGGGUGGCCUGCGCCACCCGUGAGAGGUCAGUCGCUGCCGAGCAAAAAAGAAAAUCCGAGAACGCGUGCGCUUGUUUUAUAUGCGGAGUGAUUUGUGUGGCGAUCGCGUGGCGUUGAUUGGUUGGACGCUAGUGGUGUGCGGAGUGGCGCUUUAGACGGAGACGAUGUAGCGGCAUCGGCAAGCUGAUCCUUUGCCCUCCCACGUGCUGUUGGGGCUGUGUUCCCUCGCCCCUCCCUCGCGCGCCGCCCAUUCCUCGCUCUCCGCCACGCUUUUCCCCGGCUUGUGUGCAGCUACGUCAGAUAUGCCUGGGAGACGGUCAGCCUAAAAACUGCUACGCCUUUACUUAUUGUGCAGAAUCAGGAGGCAUUUAUUGUGGCCAGUCGAGUUGUAUCUUUAGGAGGAGGGGGGUUAUUGAGGGGUGUGGGUAGCCUAAUCAUUGUGGUGUGUACCAAUGUCGUGUGGGGGGAAUGUAGCAUUAUUGUCAAGUGUGUAGAGUUAUCGUAGCGACUGUAGUAUAAAUAAUUGUGGGGGCUGGGUGUGAAUUAUAGAGAGGGGAGGGUGGGGUACGUAGACUUUUUUGCGCGUUUCGGCUCGACCUGGUGUUACGUUGGUUUUUUUAUACCACAGAUUUAUUUAAUUGUGUGGUGACGAUUUAGACUUGGCGGCGUUUUAUGAAAACGAGAGAGAAUGCCCAAAAAUGAGCACGCUGCAACGAAUGCGUUUAUCUGAUCUCACGCUGCGUUGUGGUGGCGUAGCGUGGAAAAUAAAACAACGUAGUUUUUGGCAGUAUCCGAGAGCAUACCGCUGAAACGGUUGGUUUAUCUACUGA